GCAGUUUCUCUGACAAAACACCCGUAAAAUGGCUGAAGGUGAAAGUGUUAAAUGUUCUCGAUUCUUUAAAGGUUCCAAUCCUAUCAAGAUUGUGCUGGUAAUGCUUUGCGUCGGCCUCGUGGUGCAGCAGAUAUCAGUGUGCAUCAUGAAGCUCAUCGACAUCCCAGUGACCACGUAUACCCACUUUGACUUCAAUAAGACCAUCACGUAUCCUAGCAUCACGCUGUGCAGGGAACCGCCUUACAAACAGGACAAGUUGUUAGAAUACGGCUUAUAUUCUCACCCCAUCUUAACUUCUGCGUGGAGGAACUUUAAUUUCUCCAGCAUCUUCCUGGACGACCUCUGGGAGGAGAUCACAUACAACGACGAGGAUUUCUUUGUCCAAUACGCUUUAGACUCCGUGAGAGACAACGUAGAAGUGACAUCAACUAUGACGUUUAUGCACGGUCGCUGCUAUACGCUCUCCCCGCGAGAUCUGUCAAGGGAAGCGGAGGCCACCAUCGAGAGCGGGUACUCCAUCAUGGUGCAGCAUAACAAAACUGAUCUCGAAAAUCCCAUCACUCUUAAAACUCCUGGAUACUACGUCUUCGUUCACUAUGUCCGAGAACCGUUCACAGAGGUGGACGUAUUUAAUGGCGGGCUGGUGGACCAGUUGUAUGUGAACACCGGAGAGACCCUCACUGCCAAGCUGAAGGUGGACGAGUACGUCAAGAUAAACGAUGAUGAAGAUCCCUGUUCUCGUACAGCUAAUUACAGUGCUAGUGUUUGUACAACUCAAUACGUGUCGGACGAGGUGGUUUCAGCGGUGAACUGCUCCGGACCCUGGAUGAACAGCGACAGACCAUAUUGUAACAACUUCCAAGACAUGAGAAAUCUUAUUUCUACUUAUUACUCAUUGUAUAAAAACCACAAUAGCAGCACCUGUCCUCGUCUCUGUCAUUCAUAUCUCUAUAACGUGUAUGUGACGGACAGACAGAAGUUCUACUACUGGGACACUCGGAGCGAUGUCGCCAAGGAGACGUCUGAAGCUGCACUGCAGACACAACUGUAUUUCUACUUCAACAGUAUGAUGGUGUCUGUGUUUGAGGAGAAAUAUAAUUACGACUGGAAUGUCUUCUUGGCGGACCUCGGAGGUAGUGUGGGUUUCCUUUUGGGUCUGUCUGUGAUUGGAUUGAUAAAUAUCAUCGGCAGGAUCUGGAUCACGAUCGAACCGUUGAUAUGCAAGAAACAUAUUAGAGACGAAGACAAGAAAGUAGACGGCGAGUGAUAGACGUAGGAUAACAACAAAAAACGAUAAUAAUAAUAAUAAUUUUUGAAAAAAUAUUUUUAAUUAUUUAUAAUUUACAUAAAAAUAAUUUUUUAUAUACAUUCGAAUAGAACUUUAUCAAGUUCAUUUGCUUCUGUUUUAUUGUCAUUUUUAUUUAUAUUAAUAAAGACGCGUUUUCAUUGAUAAUGUGCCAGUUUUA